AGAUCAGAUUAUACUGAAAAACUGGUCGGCACACAAUGAAAAUUGAAGGUUUAAAGAAGACCAUUGAUUUUGCCUGUGCAGAAAUAAAAAGUAUGAAUGAAAAAAUCUCCACCAUAGAAAAGAACGCUGCUUCAGAGGAAAAAUGCACAAAUGAAUGCCUGCAAAGAAUCUGUGAUCUGGAGAGAUACUCCAGGCGAUGGAACUUAAGACUCUGUGGAGUUACUGAGACAGAAAAGGAAGAUGUACGAGCCAAAGUCAAUGAGAUCUGUCAAGAUGUCCUACCAGAACAGAAGACAAAGCUAGCUGAAUCCACUGCCUCGGCCACAAGCAUUCAUCUGAUCCCAAGCCUAGAGGAAUAAUCUCACAGUUCUCCACACGUGUGUGCAGAGAUGCUGUGUGGAAAGCAGCCAAGUUCUCUCGAGUGCUACAUGGUAAUGGUCUGAAGGUUGCUGAGUAUCUCUCAAAAGAAGACAGAGAACACAGGAACAAACUGUGGCCACUGGUCGAGAAGGCCAGAAAAGAGGGUAAAACAGUACACUGUUUCAGAGGUCGUGCUUUUGUUAACGGCACUGAAAUUAACCCAUCUCCCAGCUGGUAUAGCUCAUCAUUAUCUUAGGUUGCAUCUCCUUUAUUCUUAAGUGAAGUAGCCUACUGCUCUAUCUAUUUUAAGGCUGGACACUAAAGGUAUUGGAAGGAGCUUUUUGAUGAAAGUUCUAUGAUGUUACUUAACUCUGGUUUUAAAUUUAUAACUCUGCAGCUAUUGGUUCCCUGUAGAUUUGUUUAACCCUUUAUUCAAGUGGUUAUUUCUUAAUUAAGUUUUUAGUUACUAUAGUUUCUCUUAAUGCCAGCGGUUUGAGACAGAACUACAAGCGUAAAGCUUUAUUUUUAUUUGCUAUACAGUUAAAUACUGUAUUGAUUUUAUUUUUCUCCAAGAAUCAAACUUUUUACCAGAUGACAAAAUGUGCAGACCAGCUCUGUCAGGUGGUCCACCACAUCUUCAGCCUGAGUCUGAGUCUGGAGAGGGUUCCUGAUCUGUGGAAGACUUCCUGCAUGGUUCCAGUGCCAAAGAUCACACAUCCCAGGGAGCCCAACCUCUACAGACCGGUGUCUCUGACUUCCUAUCUGAUGAACACCAUGGAGAGGCUCAUCCUGCACCAUGUUCGUCCUGUGGUGAGCCCAGCACUGGACCCCCUGCAGUUCGCCUACCAGCCUGGCAUCGGGGUGGAGGACGCUGUCAUCUACCUGCAGCACAGAUCUCUCUCUCUCUCUCAC